AAAACGGAGAGGAAGAGGAGGAGUUUUGCUCUACCUGGCGCUGCGCGUCAUUGCUCCGGAGUGAAUGCUUCGGGUUGCCUGGGGGUUUAUGGGCGAGAAAAAUGGUGAGGAAAUGGAGAGAGCUGUAGAUUGAUCAGUGACUCCAAGCCUUGGACAGCAAGGUGGUGGCAAAACUGGAGACAGAAAUCUGGUGGUUUCCCAGCCUGCUGUCCCUCACCAGUAGUCUGGAAAAAUGGCACCAGGAGCUCCAAGAGAAGCAGGAGUAUGGAGACAAACCAGAGCUCUCCUCUUCAAGAACUGUCUCAUUAAGUGUAGGACUAAGAAAAGCAGCGUGCAGGAGGUCCUUUUCCCACUCUUUUUCUUGUUUUGGCUCAUUCUGAUGAGCAUGAUGCAUCCACACAGGAAAUAUGAUGAGGUGGACAACAUCAACCUGGGAAGUCUGGACACCUCCAUGCUGGUUGACUUUGUCAUUGGAUACACCCCACCAACACAAAUGGCACGGGAAAUCAUGAAGAAAGUGGCUUUUGAUAACUUUGAAGAAGGCCUCAUCACAGAGGAAUAUUUAAGUGAGGAGGAGCUGCAAGAGGCUAGUGCUUUAAAAACCUCCAAAUUUGUGGGUGUUGUCUUCAAGGAUGCCACGUCCUACCAGCUGAGGUUCCCCGAUUCAGUUGUUAUGUCUUCCAUUUACACAGAGUCAAGAGCCAGCUGCUCCAACCUGCGGAAAGGCUGUGAGUCAGUAACCUACUGGAGCUCAGGAUUUACAGCUCUGCAAGCCUGCAUCGAUGCAGCAAUUAUACAGCUGAAGACUAAUCAAUCAGUUUGGGAACAACUGGAAUCGACAAGAGCAGUGGUGAUGGGAGAGGCUGCAGUGGUGGAAAUAGAUAAUUUUCCUCGUGCCAUCAUUUUAAUUUACCUAGUGAUUGCCUUCUCACCUUUUGGGUAUUAUUUGGCAAUUCACAUCGUGGCAGAAAAGGAGAGGAAGUUAAAGGAGUUCUUAAAAAUACUGGGACUGCAUGACACUGCCUUUUGGCUUUCUUGGGUGCUGCUUUACAUGAGCCUGAUUUUUGUCAUGUCCAUUCUCAUGGCGGUGAUCGCGACGGCCUCUUCCCUCUUUCCCCAGAGCAGUGCCUUUGUCAUAUUUCUCCUUUUUUUCCUGUAUGGACUCUCUUCAGUGUUCUUUGCACUUAUGCUGACACCUCUAUUUAAAAAGUCAAAGCACGUGGGUAUAGUGGAGUUCUUGGCCACACUGGCUUUUGGUUUUGUGGGCCUGAAUAUUGUCCUGCUGGAAGAUUUCCCGAAGUCUUUUGUGUGGAUUCUCAGCCCCUUGUGUCAGUGCAGCUUCCUGCUUGGUAUCGCCCAGGUUAUGCAUCUAGAAGAUUAUGAAGAUGGUGCAACGUUUUCAAAUCUAACUCGUGGUCCUUACCCCCUCUUCAUCUCUCUUAUUUUGCUGGUGCUGGAUAGCAUAUUUUAUCUGCUCGUGGCUGUCUACCUUGAUCAGGUUAUCCCAGGGGAGUUUGGGCUGCGCCGCACGCCGUUUUUCUUCCUGAAGCCCUCGUUUUGGUCAAAGCGCAGGAAAAAUUACAAGGAGCUGUACGAGAGCAGCAUCAAUGGCAGCUUAAGUUUCAGUGAGAUAGUGGAGCCUGUGCCUUCUGAAUUUCAGGGGAAAGAAGCUAUCAGAAUCAGCUGUGUUCAGAAAACAUUCAGGAAAAAGGGGGAAACUGUGGAGGCUCUCAGAAAUUUAUCCUUUGACAUCUAUGAAGGUCAGAUCACAGCUCUGCUCGGGCACAGCGGCACUGGGAAGACGACGCUGAUGAAUAUCCUGUGUGGGCUGUGUCCUCCUACGGAUGGUUUUGUCUCUGUCUAUGGGCACAAAGUCUCCGAAAUCGAUGAAAUGCUUGAGGUGCGGCAGAUCACAGGGGUGUGCCCCCAGUCUGACAUACACUUUGAUAUCCUCACUGUGGAGGAGAACCUCUCCAUCUUUGCUGCAAUUAAAGGAAUCCCUCAGAAUGAUCUGAUACAAGAGGUGCAGAAAGUGUUGUUGGAUUUGGAUAUGCAGCCUAUCAGAGACAACCAAGCUAAAAAAUUAAGUGGGGGGCAGAAGAGGAGGCUCUCGGUGGGAGUUGCUGUUCUUGGAAACCCAAAGGUUCUGCUUCUGGACGAGCCAACGGCUGGGAUGGAUCCGUGCUCACGGCACAUCGUCUGGAACCUCCUGAAGAACAGGAAAGCAAAUCAUGUGACUGUCUUCAGCACCCACUUCAUGGAUGAGGCAGAUAUCCUUGCUGAUCGUAAGGCAGUGAUCUCUCAGGGGAUGUUAAAAUGCCUUGGAUCUUCUCUCUUUCUCAAGAGCAAAUGGGGAAUUGGCUACCGCCUGAGCAUGCACAUCGAUGCCUACUGCAACACAGAAGCCACCACCUCACUGAUAAGGCAGCACAUCCCUGCAGCCAGCCUGAUCCAGGAGAAUGAUGAACAGCUUGUGUACACCCUGCCACUCAAGGACAUGGACAAGUUUGCAGGUUUGUUUUCUGACCUGGACACUCAUUCCCAUUUGGGAGUCAUCACCUAUGGCGUUUCCAUGACGACACUGGAGGAUGUCUACCUGAAACUGGAAGUUGAGGCAGAGAUUGAUCAAGCAGAUUACAGCGUGUUCAAUGCCCAGCAAGCGCAGGAUGAAAUGGAUACAAAGUCCCUCGAUGACAUGGAGCAGAGCCUCCUGAUGCUGUCAGAGACAAAGGCCCCAGCCAUGAGCAAUGCAUCCCUCUGGAAGAAGCAGGUUUCCACCAUAGCCAAAGUUCAUUUCCUUAGCCUGAAGAGGGAAAACAAGUGUGUGAGAGUUAUGUUGUUGCUUUUUCUGAUUUUUCUUGUAGUUCAGAUUCUGUUGUUUUUCAUACACCACGUCAUCAAAAAUUCUGUAGCUGCUAUCAAACUUUCCCCAGAUUUGUACUUGCUGAAGCCUGGAGAGGACUAUCACAAGUACAGGAGUCGCCUCCUGCUGCAGAACUCCACAGAAUCAGAUAUCAAUGACAUUGUCCACUCCCUUGGGAGCAUGAACAUACUCCUGGAGAUGUUCAAUGACAGUGAUUAUGUCUCUGCUGCCCCUCAUAGUGCAGCUUUGAAUGUGUUUGACCUUGAAUCCAGGCAGAACUAUGUUUUCACACUCGUGUUCAACAGCACCAUGGUGCACUCCCUGCCUGUUCUGAUGAACAUUGUCAGCAACCUGCUUCUGCGCAACCUCAACGUGACUGAGAGCAUUCACAUCUGGAGCAACCCCUUCGUUCAGAAUCUUCCAGACACCAUUUUCAGACUGGAGAUCUAUUUUGAAGCUGUACUGCUGGGAAUCAUCAUUACUGGAAUGCCUCCCUACUUUGCCAUGGACAAUGCAGAAAACCAUAAGAUCAAAGCCUACACACAGCUGAAGAUUGCAGGGCUUUAUCCCUCUGCUUACUGGACUGGUCAGGCUGUUGUUGACCUCCCACUCUUCUUCUCCAUCCUUGUCCUGAUGAUUGGCAGCCUCUUUGCCUUCCACUACGGUGUUUAUUUCUACGUGGGCAAGUUCCUUGCGGUGAUUUUUUGCCUGAUUGGUUAUGUCCCAUCAGUUGUGCUCUUCACUUAUGUGGUCUCCUUCACUUUUAGGAAAGUCCAAAAUACAAAAGAAUUUUGGUCAUUCAUAUUUUCAGUGACAGCCUUGCUCUGUACAGUUGUCACUGAAGUGGCCUUUUUUCUGGACUAUUACCUAGUAACCAGCGUCCUGCAUUAUGUCUUCUCCAUCUUCAUUCCUAUUUAUCCCCUCAUUGGCUGUCUGAUUUGUUUCAUAAAGGUCUCAUGGAAAGGCAAGCGGAAGAAUGGAGGAUACUACGACCCCUGGGACAGGCUUCUGGUAGCAGUUAUUGCUCCUUAUUUGCAGUGUGUUGUGUGGCUCUUCCUCCUGCGCUGUUUCGAGCUGAAGAAUGGAGGCAGGACAGUCAGAGAGGAUCCCUUUUUCAGGAAGUGUUCUACAAAAGCCAGAACCUGGAAGUUCCCAGAUGUCCCACGUGAUGAGAAUGAAGAUGAAGAUGUGAAGGCAGAGAGGCUGCGAGUCCAAGAGGUCCUGAGCAACCCCAAAAGUGAGGAGGUGCCAGCAAUCCUGGUCAGCAGCUUGCACAAAGAGUUUGAUGAAAGGAAGGAAUUUCUUCUGGGGAGGAAAAUAAAGAAAGUGGCCACAAAACACGUUUCCCUCUGCGUAAGGAAAGGAGAAAUUCUGGGCUUGUUGGGACCCAAUGGAGCUGGGAAAAGCACAUUAAUUAAUAUGCUUGUUGGAGAGAUUGAGCCAACCAGUGGGCAGGUUCUGAUGGGAGACUGUUCUUUUGGUCUGAGCGGUGAAGAUGACACAGUGAAAUUUGUGGGGUACUGUCCUCAAACCAAUCCCCUUUGGCCAGACAUCACAUUGCAGGAGCACUUUGAAAUUUAUGGAGCUAUCAAAGGCAUGAGUCAGUCUGAUGUCAAAGAAGUCAUAAAACGCAUUGCAAAUGCCCUGGAUUUAAAAGACCACCUGCAGAAGACAACGAAGAAGCUGGGCGUAGGGCUGAAACGCAAGCUGUGCUUUGCCCUGAGUAUGCUGGGUAACCCACGUGUCACACUCUUGGAUGAGCCCUCAACUGGGAUGGAUCCAAAAGCCAAGCAGCACAUGUGGCGGGCGAUUCGAGCAGCCUUCAAAAACAAGGAGAGGGCAGCCAUCCUGACCACCCACUACAUGGAAGAGGCAGAUGCUGUCUGUGAUCGUGUGGCCAUCCUGGUGUCUGGACAGCUCAGGUGUAUAGGUACUGUUCAACACCUGAAGAGUAAAUUUGGCAGAGGAUACUUCUUGGAAAUGAAAUUAAAAGAAGCAGCAGAUGUGCAGCAGCUGGAAUACCUGCAGAGCCAGAUUCUGCACAUCUUCCCCAACGCCAGUCGUCAGGAAAGUUUUGCUUCUAUUUUGGCAUAUAAAAUUCCAAAAGAAGAUGUACAGUCACUUUCACAUUCCUUUUCCAAGCUGGAAGAAGUAAAACAUGCCUUUAACAUCGAGGAGUACAGCUUUUCUCAGGCAACACUGGAACAGGUGUUUGUGGAGCUGGCUAAAGAGCAGGAGGAGGAGGACAACAGCUUUGGCACCCUGAACAGCACUCUGUGGUGGGAGAGGACGCAGGAAGACCGAGUUGUGUUCUGAGCUCAUGCUCCAGGUCUGCUCAGCAGCUCAGGCUUUGUGCCAGCAGUGAUCCUCUGGGCGCUUGCUGGGGCGUGGGUGCAGACCACACCGGAGCUGGGAUGGGCAAGGGAAACCCUGUCUGGAAGCACUGAGCCUGUUCCACCAUCCAGGCCUUAGCAACAACACUGCAGCAGAGGUGAGCAUCCCCACCAUGACUCUGGCUCCUCUGGAGUCCUUUCUCCCCUCGCCCUUUCCCAGUUUGCAUCGAGCGAGAAGACUCUGCCACAACAGUUGGUCGCCUCCUGCUGUUGGUCACUGGUGCAGGAGCACCCAUCUGCCUUCCUGCCCCCGUGCUGGGGCUGGCUGCCUCAGCUUGGGUUGUGCUUACUGGGAAUCAUGCAGUCAAGCCAAACCAGUUGGUACUGGAGCAUCCUGCCCCUUGGGACCUGCUCGCUGGUCUGCAGGGAUUUGCUGUGCCCUGUGUCUUUGGUUGGGCCUUGCUGCCUGUGCAACAAGGUGCUGUGCAGACACAUGUCCCUGCAAGGUCCUGCUCCCCACCAGCCAAUCUAUCCCUGCUUAGGCUUAGAAAAUGCCCCUGAUUAGAGAAGAGGGGGGGAACUACUCCACAGUCCUUGUGCUCACUGCUAAGAGGGUCCUGAACUCCACUGCAAGCUUAGCUUGGUGUUCAACAAGUCCACCUGUCUGUUCACAGGUACAAUACAGCCCUUGUCAGCACUUAGUGUUCCUUUCUACUGCAAGAUGGCAGAUGUGGCUGCCUCCUGGUGCCAUCCUGGGGGCACCGGUGUUUGUAAUGCAUGCACUGUGGGGCUUAAGGGGUGUACACAAGUGGGUGCUUUUCUUCCUCCUGCUGGGUCAAAGUACAAAGACAUCACUGUGUAGUUACAGGAGUUUCGGAGAUGUGACUGUUCCUCAUCUUCAUGAGUCUAAUCCUUUUGUUGGGUAUGCCAACAUGUAUCCUGCCAGCUGCUUUUAGACACAGUCCUCCUUAGAUCUUUUCAUUCUUGUCAGUGAAUCCUUAAGUACAUGCAGCCCUUUGCUUCCUCGUGACCUGACAACGUGUCAUUCACCUUCACAAGCCCAAAAGCAAAAGAUCCAAAUUCACAACCUCAGCAGUAGGAAUAGUGCCUUUUGAUUUGCAGAGAAGCACUUAGAGCAGCAGAAUAUCCUUUAUCCUAAGAUGGGACAGAUGUCUGUUGAAAAGAUAUUUAUAUUAUUUUUUUCUAGUGUGUUUGGUUUGGGAUUUUUUUCUGCACAAAGCUAUCAUCACUUGGUUUUAUAAGGUGAAAUAAAAGCUUGGGAAUGGUUCAUUGUGUUCUGCAAUGAGCAGAUGUAGAGAUGGGUUUAUGGCAAACAUUGGCUUCAUAAGUCAUGUCAUUUCUAUAGCUUCCUGUUCAAGUUAGAAAAGAUCUUUUGCUUUUUCCUUGUAAAAAAUUAAAAUGUGAGUUAAGGUGGAGCUGUGUCCCCCAACUCUUUGUAAUUAUCAGGCAACAGUGUGUGUAACAGGUCUGAUCAAGGGUUAUCAUCACACUGAGCCAAAAGCUAGUUUCUUUAGUUUCUUACUCUGCUAUGGGGAGAGGUGAACUCCUCGUGUCCAGCUUCUGUUUCCUCCUUGGUGCCUAUAGAUUUCAUGUAGAGAUUUUUGGUUUGUAGUGAAAAUUUGAGCCUAAGCCCUGCAGAAACACCUGGACAUUCCAUUUGCUUCCUCGGGGGAAGAUGUCUUCCUUGCAGGAGCACAGAUCACAAAUGUGCCCAGUUUGAUGAGCCCUCAGCCAUGGUACUUGAACGUGUCCUGCUCUCCUGUGCUGGGAACAAAACUGAAGUAGAGAGCAGGAUUAAAUCAGCAGCCUCCAAACUGCAGCUCUAGCAACAUUUGUAGGGCUGAAGCUUCCCUGUGAGGAAACAAAAAUUAUGUAACUUCAGCCUUUUUGUUUAUGCAACAACUGGGAACCCCCAGCCUGUUGCUCCCAGUUACAUCCCUGCUGCUGGGCAGGAUCUCUGAGAAGUUUCCUUUAUUUGGAGCCGAGGUGGGAGCCACAAUUCUGUCUCAUGACCCUCUCCCCUCUGUGUAUGUGCAAGUUAAGUGCAUCUUCUCCAAACCUCACAUCUCUUAAUCUGAUCUUUCUUUACCAGUGGUGCUUCAGCUGGGUGGCAUCUGCACACCUUCUCCAGCACUCCACAGCAGGCUCUUUUUCACCUUGAACUUAGGAAAAGUGCAGUUAUGACCUGACUCUUAUUUUCUUUCAUUCUUCUAAUUUCUAGGAACUGUCUGUAAGAU